AUGCAACGUGCUGGUCGCGCUGGUCGUACUAAGCCUGGAAAGUAUUUGCGGUUAUAUACGAGGAAAGCUUAUCAAGAAGAAAUGCAGGAGCAGACGUACCCGGAGAUACUUCGUUCAAAUCUAGGAUCGGUGGUUCUGCAGCUCAAGAAGCUAGGCAUUGAAAAUCUCGUACAUUUUGAUUUCAUGGAUCCUCCAGCUCCAGAAACCCUUAUGAGAGCUCUAGAACUACUCAAUUAUCUUGCCGCUAUAAACGAUGAUGUGAACUGA